CACUGAUUUCAUGGCUAUGUCUUUCCCUGCAGUUGCCUCGCUGCUAACACGAGGCACCCGGGUACAUUUGGCUCCUCUUAACGCUAUUUAAGCCUGCAUAGCGACCCGUUGGCGACUGGCUGCUGUCGUUUUGACAGGCAUUCUACUGUUGCUUCCCCGACCGUCGCCAGCACACGGCACUGCACUCGAGGUGCACCUAACACGCAUUUUGUUCCGGACUUGGCAAGAAGUCCGUCAGGCAUCUAUAAAUCAUUAAUAUUCAUCUCGGUCCGUUCUUUCUUGUCCCUGCCUUGGAAGGUCGAACAGCCAGCAUACAUCCUAUCGUUCUUCAUGUCGGAUUAUCGCCAGAGUCGUAGAGGAGGAAGCGGACGUGGCGACGAAUUCUCUCCAGUGGAUUCGCCUACUCGUAUCACCGUACCACCAUCUCCCGCAGAUCGUCUCAAUGCGCCGCGCUACAAUUAUUACGCCCAUUCGUCUGGGACAUCCCACUCCUUGUCACAAUCUCAAUCGCAACAGCAAUCCGAAGCGAACGUUAUGCGGGGGGAAUUCUCCUUCUCGGAUGAUUCCUCGGUACCAUUAGUGGAAGACCAGGGAUUGGACGAGCUAUGGGGAUCGUUGAGACAGAAGAAGGAGACGCAGAUGGCGAAGGAUAAGUCUAAAGUCAAGUCACUCGAGGAAGUCGAAUUCUCCCAGCAAAGUGCCGAACCACCCGAACCACCCCGGCCUCCAAUUCACAAGUCAGUGAGGAGAACUAAAUCUUUAACUUCCUUUCGCGAAUCGAGUGACGGGAAGAUACUCAUUGCAUUCUUCGACAUGCGCGAUGUUGCCAAGGAGAACAUAAAUGUUACUUUCCAAAGCCAUCGCCUCAUGGUAUCGUGGUUCUCUGUCACUGUCAACGAAACGGAAGACGAAGAAGGCCGUGUGGUGAUAGAAAAGGUAGAGAAGAAUUAUCAAAGAACGUUGCCCUUGCCCGAGGGUACGAAGUUCGAAGAAAUUAGAGGCACAAUGAAUGGACGACAUUUAGUCUUACGUUUGCCCAAUAGCCGCGCCUUCAAGGUUCAGAAUGUAACCGAAUCGACGGCGGAAUUUUAAGUUACCACGCAGCACCACCACGCUCCUUGUACUGCGGGGAUCCAUAUAUCAGCCUUACAUAGGCAUCGUGCCAGCGAGAAGUCUGGAAACAGGUUGCAAGCGAGCGACCUGACCGGCGAGUCGAUGGACCGCACUGAUAAUGGAUGGACGUAUAAACGGGGCGUGUUUUUUUUUUCUCACCUGGAGUGGAACGUUAAGUAAUAUGGUGCAAGUGGGUACGUUUUAUUUAAUGUUAACGACAUGGAGGCACGAGUAAUUUUCACGAGCUGGUACGCGUACGAUUACUUAGCAAGUACAUACAAUGACUGAAUGAUAUUGACGUCAUGUGAACAGUCCGCCUGCCCUAAAGUGCCCGCUUUAUAUGACUUUGAUUGGUACACUACGCUUUUC